AUGGCCGCCAACAUGCAGCAAAUGGCUGGGGCGGGCCAGAUGAUACCCCAGCAGCUGCGACGGCCGCCUGCCAACUCUCACCACAUGCAGCAGAUGGUGUAUCAAAAUCUCCUUCAACACUCACAACCCCCAAACGGGCUAACCUGGCAGGGGACCGUCAGCCUGAACGACCGUAUGGGAAAGACCAUGGACCUCAUCUCAAAUAUUGCGCUAGGAUAUGGCAUGGAUCACCUGCGAGCCGCAGAAGUAGGCUGCAAUUUUGAGCGAGAUGUCUUUUCGAAAUCACCUACCAAGGAGGCAUAUGAUCAGACUAUGGCGAGUAAGACACUGGAGUUCUUCAAAAAGCGACAGGCCAACGAGCCCAAUAUCCAAAACAACCUCAACGCCAAUGCACAAGCUCAAGUACAGGCACAGGCACAGGCACAGGCACAGGCCAUGAUGAAUAUGCAGGCAGCUCAGAUGGGUCGCGGUAUGAGCCAGGUCCAACAGGGUUUUCAACAUCUCCAGCACCAGGUGCAGCCCGGACAGUUGCCUCAGCAGGCGCAACAACACCCUCAGCUUGCACAGCAACAGCAGUUGGGUAUGGGCAGAGCCAUGGGGCCGGCUCAGCAAGCCAUGGCAAUGCAGAGUCGGCAGCCACAGCAAUUUCCCAACGAUAUGUCACGACUCGCCCAGUCAGAUAGGGCCAAGGUUAUGGACCUCGCGGCCAAGAUGAUGGCCCAGGCAUCUGAACAGCAAAAGGCAUCUACGCGUAUGAGCUUGCAGCAGAGGUUGUCCCCUCAGCAGAUGGCAGAGUUUCAGGCGCAAGGGAAGGACCCCUUGGUUUUGUUUUUCCAGAAUCAGGCAUUUCAGGUAUUGAAGAGUAAUAUGAACCGCCUACAGGCGCAGCAGCAGGCUGGAGCGCAGAACCAGAAUGGCGGACAGGCCGCGGCAGCAGUCAUGAUGCAGCAACAACACAGCCAGCAAUCCUUUCAGCAGCGGCAGAAUAUGAUGAACGCCGGGCAGCCUAAUGAUUUUUCGCAGUUCACCCCCAACAUGGAGAGCAUCAAGGAUCAGCAGAUGACCGGACUAAUGGCCCAGCAGGCUGGCCAGAUGGUCGUACCGGCCAGCUCGGGAGGUGCCCAACAUGCCACCCCCCAGCCUGGCAACCCAAAUAUGCCGGGCGCUCAAGGACAGAAUCAAGCCCCUCGCCAGGGCCAGCAGCAGCAACCCCCUCAGGGCGGCGUCAGCCUUCAACAGAUGAAGAUGAAUCAGGCCGUCCAGCAGUCUCAAAAUCAGCUGCAGCAGAUGAAGAUGCAGCAGCAGCAGAACCAGCAAAACGGCAUGGCUGGUGGUAUGCCUCCCUCCCAGAGCCCAGCGAUGAACACUCUGAACACCCCGGUGUCUCGUCCUCCAGGCGGGAUGAAUCCCAUGAGCGGUCAAGGCAUUGGCCAAGGUAAUGUUCCCUUCGGUGACCAGCGAUUCAACCAAGGUACACAGAGACCCAACAACCAAGCGUUUAACAACAUGCUGGCCAACAUGUCUCCAGAACAGCGACAGGCACUUCAGGGUCUUCCGCACGACAAGCUCAACGAGAUCCUCAGGAAAUGGCAGAGCCAAAGACAGGAGCAGAUGGCCAUGAACGCUGGUCAAAUGGGUCAGCAACAUCGCCCACCAUCGCAGUUUCCUGGACAAAUGAACUUGAAUAUGGGUGCUGUCCAGGGAGCUCAGAACCUGCAGCAGCCUAAUGGAGGCAUGCCUGUCAAUCAAGCGCAACAGGCACAACAACAAAUGCAGAUGCCACGGAUCCCAAUCCAAAAUAACCAGACUCAAGCAAUGAUGGAUACCAUGGACCUCCCACCACACGUCCAGAAUAUCAUCGGACAGCUGCCCAUGGAGGUAAAGAAGUGGCGAGACUUGAAGAUUUGGCUGAAUCAGAACAGCCACGUGCCGUCAACGACCCGUACCCAGCUUAGUGUACUCCAACAGAGACAGUUUCAGGUUCUCAUGCAUCGACGAGCACAACAGCAAGCCGGCCAAAACCCCAACGUAAAUGCCGCAAUGAUGCCGAACGCUGGAGGUCAGAUGCCCAACCAACAACAAAUGGGCAUGCAGCGGCUAGUUGGGAAUGUGCCUCCCCAUCUCUCCCAGGUAACGCCACAGGAGCUCAUGCAGGUACGAAAUCAGCGACCGAAUCUGAAUCACAUGUCUGACGAACAGUUGCAAUCGAUGGUUUUGCAAUUAAAGAGGCAGGCCUUCUUCUCGCAGCAGCAGCAAGCGCAACAGAUAAGAAAUCAGCAAACACAAGUUCAGACCCCCAACCAGACACCGAACCAAGUACAGCAGCAGACUGGCGGUACACAAAACCGAAUGGGUGUGGCGCCGGUGCCAGUGCAGCAAACACCACCGCAUCCGAACCCGACCCGAACCCCUCAAUCACAGACUCAACCCAGUCCUGCGACCUUGGCCCAAACUGCUUCUAUACAGUCCGCCGGGCAGAGGCAGCAAGGCCAAGUGACGAAUACUACCCAAGGACGGAUUAACAACCAGUCUCAGCCCACAUCCAAAAACCUCAAGCGACCCAGUACCGACGAUGUCGCAGACACAACAACAACAACGUCAAACACCAGUACUCCCGCACCGACUCGGCCUAUUUCACAGCCCAGCCAGCAAAUGUCGAAGGGGAUGCCGACGCUGACUCCCCAGCAGAUUGCAGCACUCAGCCCUGAGCAACGGGCCAAAUAUGAGCAAAUCAUGAAGCUCCAGUUGACCGGGCAGGCCGCCCCCGACCUCAUUGCCCGACUCCAGAUCAUUAGCCAAGAGGAGCUGCGCCAAUUCAGCCAAGAAUCCAUGCCUGAAAUCUCAAUGACUGCGCAAGAACUUGGCGAAACAGGGGCCAAACUGCAGCGUAUUGCUCAGGACGUGUACAGGGUUGGCCGCGGACUCACCAAGUGGUACUCAAUCACCAGGGACGAUGCCCGAGCAAAAAUGUUUUUCAGAACUCGACUUCGCAUUAUGAAGCAAUUCUCUGACGCCGAGGUGAUGAAGAAGUUGAAGGACAAAUUCAGCAUCAGUUCUACAGAAGUUGACCAAGCUCGGGCCAUUCUGGGAAGCAUGGUCCAGGACCUGGCAGUCAACAUGCAGAGCAGGGGGAUGAUGAAACCUGGUCCGCAAGCAUCGCAAGGCCAGGGAGCUGGUCAGAGUCAGGGAGCGCAGCCGCAGCCACAGCAGCAGGCCCAGCAACAACGAAAUCAACAGUCUCAACCAGCACCGUUGAACGCGGCCAAUCUAGAGAAGAAUUCGCAGGCACUCAAGAACCAGCAAAAGUCCGCCAGCAAGGGUGGUGCUUCGGUGCCUCCCGCCCCGACAGCUGCGCAACCUCCCUUCUCCUUUGGAGCUUCGUCACCGCAUGGAAACCCCAGCUAUAUUGGCAAGCCCAAGGACAUGAAUCUUCACUUGCCAUCCUCUCGCAAGAAGCAGAAAGUUUCUGGCCAGCAGCCGGGGCAGACGCCGCAAGGAGCGACUCCUUCACCAAAGACAGCCAAGAACGCCUCACCCGAAAUGCGCCGCCAAGAGCCUCCCAAGCCCGUGUUUCUCUGCAGGGAGCCCGAAUGCGAAAUGGGGUCAUUUGGCUUCCCUAGCGAUCAGGCCUUGCAGCAACAUGUCGAGGAGGAGCACACCAAGCCCAGGGAGGACCCCGUCAGGUUUGUCAAGGAAAAUCUGGCGCUCGCUCUUGGCCUGGAACCUGACGGCAGCCCCAAGAAAAAUCACAAGCCGGCUGAUGGUGCAACCGCGACGAGCCUGUCAACAUCGAAGCAAGGACAGACGCCCAAGAAUGCUGCAGGAACGCCACUGCCCCAGGAUAAUGCCAUGAAGAGGACGGGAAGCGCAUUGAGCAAAAGUGUGGAUGGCAAAUCGAAACUGGAUCCCGCAGGACCCAAGCAGUCCACCACGCCUGGCGUUUGGGACGACUGCACCAUCGAUCCUCAGGCGUUGCUUAACAACCUUGGCUUUGAGAACGGACUGCCCAACGUGGUCAGCGACGCUAACUUGUACCGCUCCCUGACGCCAAAGGACACGCCCGAGUCCAGCAAGGACAGCGGUUCGAGCGAGCCAAACAGUGACAUUUCGGAGGGGGCGGCGCUGGAGAUCGACAUGACGUGGCAAGCAAUCGACACGGACCUGCUCUUGGACCUUGACAAUGCGUCUUUGGUGGGCGACUUGAGCAGCCUUGACCCGACGCUACUCUUGGAUCCCCCUUCGAGACCGCCGCCAGACUGGGAUAACAUUGAAGUUGACUUUUCGAAACCGUUGCAGCUUGAUAUGAGCAUGUACUCGAUGAGCACGUGA